CUGACAUACAUAGCCCCGUACCUGCUAGCGAUUUCUCACAGUACUGACUUGAGCUGAAAGAGGGACUACCGUCUAUACUGUAGACGAAAAAGCAAGUGACGGGUUAAAGAAUACGCCAUGGAUUUCGUGUGGUAUUUAACGCCUCUCCUGCUCCUGUCCCCGACUGUCACAGAUGCCAUGUGUAUUACAAGCUGCGCAGGUAGAUCAACCAACGACGGCAUGCGCUACCCCGACUGCGACCACUGCGACUACUAUAUCCGGUGUGAGGCAAGCGGGAUGGAGAGAAAAAGAUGUCCACUGACUCUCACCUUCAAUGCCGAUGCUAGAAACUGCGACUACCCAGCGAAUGCUAAGUGUGGGGCAACAUCAGCGACAACAUCAGCAACAACAACGUCACCUACCACAACGUCACCAACAACAACGUCACCUACCACAACGUCACCAACAACAACGUCACCUACCACAACGUCACCUACCACAACAUCAGCAACAUUAACAGCGGAAGCAGCUCCAGGUGAUUUGUUACAGAUAAUAUAA